AUGCAGCAGAACGACUCAACUCUGGACAUCACGCCCACGCCGUGGAUGUCGCGGGAAAUUGAGGCCGGUGAGGGCGAAUGGGCGGCGGUGCCGCAGUGCGUCCGUGAGACACUGCUGGCCCUGCUCGCUCCCCCUGCCACACGCGGCGUGCCGUCCCAUGCGAUAGAGCCGAGUGCGCGGACGCUUCUUCCGCUGCGGCUGAACGGCCCCAAGACCGACGUUGUCGCCGCGCUCAACGCCGCGUACCAGGCGCACCGCCCUCCAGCGCUGUUUGUGCCGAACCUACAGUCUGUUGUCAGUGAUCUUGACGAGCGACUCUCGCGCUGCCCACAGCACGGCUCUGCCGGCACUACCACUAAUACUGCUGCUGCUGCUGCGCCCAGAGGAACGCAGAUGGAGGAGAAGGAGGUGGGCAGCCACACUGUGGAGGAGCCGCUGCGGUUGCCGGAUAAGCGUGUGUACUACGGCGUCGUGGCGGAUGCGCCGUCGGAGUUGUCGCGCAAACCCUGUCGGUUGUCGUCGCGGCGCAGCGGCAGUACCUCUGCGCAGAGUCCGCUGCGUAAGGUGCGCCCCAUCGCCCUGGACGCGCCGACUGUCAAGCGGGUGGAGUGCGUGCGGCACAGACGCGACACGACGGCGGCGCUGCUGCGUGUGCACGACAAGAUUGCGCGUCUGCAGGCGGCGGCGGACGGGUCGCUGGUGAAGUCCGUCUACGACGCGAUGCGGCUCGACCCGCGGCGUGCGCGCGACGUGUACGGCGACGUGAAGCCGCUGCCACACCCGACACAGGAGCAGGAGCAGGCGCUCGCCGCCUUUGCGGAGGGGCUCGCCGUGCUGCAAGAGGCCACGCAGGAGCUUGUGGCCGCCUUCCUCUCGCAGGAGGAGAAGCGGUUUCUCGGCGUCAACACGCACAAGUUCCAAACGCGCAGCGAGCGCGCCAACACGUACCAGUACACCUCUGACCUCACGAGGCCGAAGAAUCGCGACUCGGUGAAGCAGUCCCGCCUUGUUCCGGCGCCGCCUGCUGCGGCUGCUCCUCCUCCUCCUCCUUCUCCUCCUCCUGUUGCUUCUGCUGAUGUUGCGCCACCCAAAUGUAAGGUCAACAGAAGCAGCAGUAACCGAAAGAAAAAUAGGAGCAAGAAGAACGGAGAGAGUGAUCGGCGUGUCUCCGCCCCUGCGGCUGUCCCCCCUGACCCUUCCGCUGUCAUUUCAGAUGACAAUAAUAAUAAUGAGGCGGAAAGGGCUGUUGGUGUAGAUGUUGNUGUCCCCCCUGACCCUUCCGCUGUCAUUUCAGAUGACAAUAAUAAUAAUGAGGCGGAAAGGGCUGUUGGUGUAGAUGUUGCGGAUGCUCCUAAUGUGCAGUCAACCGCAAAUAAACGGUUGCCCCACACUCAGGGCCGCCUGGGCAACUCCCUAUUGGGCCCAUCCGUCGAUCCACUGCGCGGCCGCAAGGAGGGCAGUGCUCUCAAAAAACAGGUGCCUCAGGCGGUGGGGCGCGGUGGAGGCGCAGCAAAAGUGGCAGCACCACCGGCACCAGCCGCAACUCUGCAGCGGCAGAUUUCACGUUCAACUCUGUCGAUGGAUUCUUCUGAGAGUUCGGACGGACACGUGGGAGGGAAAAGGGUGACGGAUGCAGCAGCAAAGAAACCGGCUGUGGUGACGCCAACCGCAGCCACAACAGCCCCGCAAGCCGCGGCUCCUUCCACUCUGGCUGAGGGGCUCCGUAGACUUGACUUCAAGCGGUUUCUCAUCGUCAGUGACAGCGAUUCCGAGGAUGUUGCAUAA